AAAUGUUUGUGCUACAUAGAGUGGAUUGAAGAAAAAAAAAUGUUUCUCGAUACGUAAGUCCAUUGGACACAAAAAUAAAUUGAACUUCCAGCAAAUUACAAAGAUUAAAAUCAGCCAAAUGGGUGUCGGAAACAAGACUGAGCAAAGAUUAUUGCUCUCUUAUUGCUCCUUCACUUGUAUCUAUCUUUCAGUAAUCCUGAUACUAGUAAAGUUUAACGAUAAUCUAUAUAAUGUCGGCAAGUACAAGUUCUUGCCGGUACUAAUGAUAUUAACAUUCGCCGAGGUGAUAAAGUUGCUGUUUCCUAUGCUACAAGCAGAAGUGCCUACUAUAAUCAAAAUAGAGCAACGAGCUUUGUCAAAGACCAAGAGAUCCUGGGCGAAGAGUUUGAGAGAAGUCUUUAAGUUUUCGCUUACUGCUCUUGUAUUGUCAAUAGUUUAUUAUAUAAUAAUUGUGCUAUUUGGGGCACCCGUACUGACUGAUCAUGAAGAGACAACAAUGCUCGUCAUUACAUUAAUCACAUUGACUUUUGUACCUACCAGUCUGCACUUGGGGGUAGACAACGCAUUGGAUAUUUUAACAGGGACAUAUUCCCAAAAGGGUAACAUUCUUGCGGAUGCUCUAAGGCUCAACAUACAGGCAACAAUAUUAGGCACUUGGCUGGGUGCUACUGUGAUCCCUCUAGAUUGGGAUCGCCCUUGGCAAAUUUGGCCAAUUCCUUGCAUUAUAGGUGCACUGCUUGGCUAUUUGAUCGCCUACUUCAUUACCGUCAUCAAAACGCUUACCACACUCAAAUUACAUAGAAAAGUUCAUCGAUAGUAAUAGACAUUUGUGUGGAAAAAGACAUUGCAGUUUCUCGAAUAAAAGUCAUUUCAUUGAAUGAAA